AUGCAUCUCAUGUACAUUGUCGACCCCACCGACCCGACCAAGCGCGUCUACACCCUGCAGAAGGUCAUCGAUGGAAAGGUCUCCAAGAGCGCCCACCCGGCCCGUUUCUCGCCCGACGACAAGUACAGCAGGCAUCGCGUCACCAUCAAGAAGCGCUACGGCCUGCUCUUGACACAGCAGAAGAACAAGGUCGCCGAGCGCGCUUAG